AUGGGCUCACCCGGACAUACCCAGGACGCCGCCCCGCGGACCGACCCGCUCGACGACGUGUUCGGCUCCGACGGCGACGAUGUGUUUGAGGGCGACGAUGAGCACAUACGGAUUGCCCGCGAGGCAAAUCCAGCGGCGCAAAACCACCCGUCGGACAUCCACCGGCUGCGGCAGGAGCACACGACGGCGGGCUACCGCGAGGGCAUCACGGUGGCUAAGGGCACCAGCAUCCAGGCCGGGUUCGACGAGGGAUUCGGGCUGGGCGCGACGAUCGGUUUGAAAGUCGGCUACCUGCUGGGCGUGCUGGAGGGCGUCGCCGCUGCGCUGAGCAGGGACCCCUCCCUCGCCGCGGCCCACGCCGAGGCGGGCAGGCUACUGGCGGAGGCGCGAGGGGAGCUGGACGUACAGGCUGUGUUCAGUCCAGAUUACUGGGACUCGGACGGGACGUGGAAGUACGAGGUCGGGUCCCGGGGCGGCCAGGCGGAUGACGACGAGGUCGUCUUCUCGCACGUGGCCGAUGCCCACCCGCUCGUGAGGAGGUGGACUGCCACGGUCGAGGCGCAGAUGCAGAGGUGGGGACUCGAGGAGCAGGUGCCUCUCCUGCAGCGCCGGGACGAGGAGGACACCGCUGCUGAGCCGGUGGCCAGGGUCAAAGCUGUGGCACCUUCUCAGCCCGAUGCCAAAGUCGCGAAUGACGCGCUGAGCUGGUGA